UCAUCCACUAGUUUAGGUUAUAGAUAUUUAGCUUUCAUCAUUGCCCUCUUCGAGCAAGCCCUGGCCACAGUCUGUGCGGUGUUAGCGAAGGAGUUAGUAAUAUGACAAAAAUCCUCUCAGCUUACAGCGUCGUUAAAUCCCUGAGGCAUGGAUGUCUGCUUAGCAGGAGAGUCGGGAGCGCGUCCGCCUGGCUGAGACCGCAGACGAAACUUUUCAGUGUGAAGGCCCAGACAGCCCACCUCGUCCUGGAGGAUGGAACCCGGAUGAAAGGCUUCUCCUUCGGGCACGAAGUCUCUGCAGCCGGGGAGCUGGUCUUCAACACUGGCCUGGUGGGGUACCCCGAGGCUCUGACCGACCCCAGCUACAGGGGCCAGAUCCUCACCCUCACCUACCCCAUAGUGGGGAACUAUGGUGUUCCCAACACCCAGGAGCUGGACCAGCUGGGCCUGAGGAAACAUGUGGAGUCAGACCGCAUCCAGGUGUCGGGCCUCCUGGUUCAGGACUACAGCCACGAGUACAGCCACUGGAACUCCGUCAAGUCUCUGGGCCAGUGGCUGCAAGAGGAGAAGGUGCCUGCGCUGUUCGGGGUGGACACGAGGAUGCUGACUAAGAUCAUCCGGGACAAGGGCACGGUUCUGGGAAAGAUUGAAUUUGAUGGUCAGCCUGUGGAGAUAUCCGACCCCAACCAGAAGAACCUGGUCGCCGAGGUUUCAACCAAGGAAACCAAAGUUUUCGGAAAAGGCAACCCCAUCAAAGUGGUGGCUGUCGACUGCGGCAUCAAACAUAACAUCAUCCGCCUGCUGGUUAAGCGGGGUGCUGAGGUCCACCUGGUGCCGUGGGAUCAGGACUUGCUGAGUCUGGACUACGACGGCCUCUUCAUCUCCAACGGGCCCGGAGACCCGUCUCUGGCCCAGACGCUCAUCCACAACGUCCGCAAGGUGCUGGAGAGUGAUCGUCCCCAGCCGGUGUUUGGGAUCUGCAUGGGGAACCAGAUCACUGCUCUGGCUGCAGGGGCCAAGUCGUACAAACUGCCCAUGGGAAACAGAGGCCAGAACCAGCCGGUGCUGAACGUGACGAGCGGCCAGGCCUUCAUCACGGCGCAGAACCACGGCUACGGCAUCGACAGCGAGUCUCUGCCUCCGGGAUGGAGCCCGCUGUUCGUCAACGCCAACGAUGGAACCAACGAGGGCAUCAUGCACAACACCAAGCCUGUCUUCACGGCCCAGUUCCAUCCCGAGGCCAAAGGUGGUCCCACGGACACAGAGUUCCUCUUCGAUACCUUCAUAUCCCUGAUGAAGAAUGGGAAAAACGGCAGCAUCGUGUCAGUCAUGCCGAAGAAACCCGACAUCCCUCCCAGAGCGCAGGUGUCAAAGGUCCUGGUUCUGGGCUCCGGCGGUCUUUCCAUCGGCCAGGCCGGAGAGUUCGACUACUCUGGGUCUCAGGCCGUCAAAGCCAUGAAGGAGGAGAACCUGAAGACGGUGCUGAUGAACCCCAACAUCGCCUCGGUCCAGACCAACGAGGUGGGCACCAAGCAGGCCGACUCCGUCUACUUCCUGCCCGUCACGCCGCAGUUUGUCACCGAGGUCAUCAAGGCCGAGCGGCCGGACGGCAUCCUGCUGUCCAUGGGAGGACAGACCGCACUCAACUGUGGAGUGGAGCUGUUCAGGAGUGGCGUGCUGCAGCAGUACGGCGUGAAGGUGCUGGGGACGCCCGUGGAGUCCAUCAUGGCCACCGAGGACAGACAGCUGUUCGCCGACAAGCUGAUGGAGAUCAACGAGAAGAUCGCCCCCAGCAUCGCCGUGGAGACGGUGUCGGACGCCCUGAAGGCGGCGGAGCAGAUCGGCUACCCGGUGAUGCUGCGGUCGGCGUACGCGCUGGGAGGCCUCGGCUCCGGCCUGUGCGCCAACAAGGAGAAGCUGGAGGAAACCGCCCGCAAGGCCCUGGCCAUGAGCAGCCAGAUCCUGGUGGAGAAGUCUCUGCUGGGCUGGAAGGAGGUGGAGUACGAGGUGGUGAGAGAUGUGGCCGACAACUGUGUCACCGUCUGUAACAUGGAGAACUUCGACCCGCUGGGAAUUCACACCGGCGACUCCAUCGUGGUGGCCCCGAGCCAGACCUUGUCCAACGAGGAGUACCACAUGCUCCGCGAGACCGCCAUCAAAGUGGUUCGCCACCUCGGCAUCGUCGGCGAAUGCAACAUCCAGUACGCCCUGCACCCGUCGUCCCUGGAGUACUGCAUCAUCGAGGUCAACGCCCGCCUCUCCAGGAGCUCCGCCCUGGCCUCCAAAGCCACGGGGUAUCCUCUGGCGUUCGUGGCCGCCAAGCUGGCUCUGGGCAUCCCGCUGCCGGAGAUCAAGAACGCCGUGUCGGAGAAGACCACGGCCUGCUUUGAGCCCAGCCUGGACUACAUCGUCACCAAAAUCCCCCGCUGGGACCUGGACCGCUUCCAGGGCAUGUCCCGGGAGAUCGGCAGCGCCAUGAAGAGCGUCGGAGAGGUGAUGGCGGUGGGCCGGACCUUCGAGGAGAGCAUGCAGAAGGCCCUGAGGAUGUGUCACCCGUCGGUGGACGGCUUCGUUCCCCGGCUGCCGCUGAAGCGAGCCUGGGCCGACAGCCACGACCUGCAGCAGGAACUGGCCGUGCCGUCCAGCACCCGCAUCUUCUCCCUCGCCAAGGCGCUGCACAGCGGCGUGAGCGUGGAGCAGAUCCACCAGCUGACGGCCAUAGACAAGUGGUUCCUCCACAAACUGCACCGCAUCACACAGCUGGAGCAGCACCUGGCUCACUACAGCAGCAGCUCGGUGCCCAGGGAGCUGCUCCUGAAGGCCAAGCAGGACGGCUUCUCGGACCGGCAGGUCGCUCAGACCCUGGGCUGCCACGAGGGGGCGGCCCGAGAGCUGCGGCUGGCUCACGGCAUCCGGCCCUGGGUCAAACAGAUUGACACCUUGGCAGCAGAGUACCCCGCUAUGACCAACUACCUGUACUGCACCUACCACGGCCAGGAGCAUGAUCUGGACUUCAAAGACCAGGGCAUCAUGGUCCUGGGCUGCGGACCGUACCACAUCGGCAGCAGCGUGGAGUUCGACUGGUGCGCCGUGUCCAGCAUCAGAGCGCUGCGGCACAUGGGGAAGAAGACGGUGGUGGUGAACCACAACCCGGAGACCGUCAGCACCGACUUCGACGAGUGCGACCGCCUUUACUUUGAGGAGCUGACGCUGGAGCGCAUCCUGGACAUCACCCAGCAGGAGGGCUGCUCCGGCAGCAUCGUGUCGGUGGGGGGUCAGAUCCCCAACAACCUGGCCGUCCCGCUGCACCUGAACGGGGUGAAGAUCCUGGGCACCAGCCCGCUGCAGAUCGACCGGGCCGAGGAGCGCUCCGUCUUCUCCGGCAUCCUGGACGACCUCGGGGUGGCCCAGGCGCCGUGGAGGGCCCUCAGCUCCCUGGAAGACGCCUUCACCUUUGCCAGCCAGGUGGGCUACCCCUGUCUGCUCCGCCCCUCCUACGUCCUCAGUGGCUCUGCGAUGAACGUGGUGUACGGGGAGGAGGAGAUGAAGCGUUUCUUGGAGGAGGCCACCCAGGUGUCCCAGGAGCAUCCGGUCGUCAUCACCAAGUUCAUCCGCGGCGCCAGGGAGGUGGAAGUGGACGCUGUGGCCAAGUCCGGCAAGGUCCUGGUCCACGCCAUAACGGAGCACGUGGAGGACGCCGGCGUUCACUCAGGAGACGCCACCCUGAUGCUGCCAACUCAGACCAUCAGCCAGGGGGCGCUAGAGAAGGUGAAGAGCGCCACUCGGAAAAUCGCACAAGCGUUUGAGAUCUCAGGGCCCUUUAACACUCAGUUUCUGGUUAAAGGCAAUGACGUCAUGGUGAUAGAGUGCAAUCUGCGGGCGUCGCGCUCCUUCCCCUUCGUGUCCAAGACCAUCGGGGUGGAUUUCAUCAACGUGGCCACUAAAGUGAUGGUGGGCGAGCCUCUGGACGAGGCCAGCCUGCCCUCGCUGGAGAGGCCCAUCAUUCCCGUCGACUACGUUGGCAUCAAGGCUCCCAUGUUCUCCUGGCCGCGGCUCAGAGAUGCCGACCCUGUGCUUCGCUGUGAGAUGGCCUCAACCGGAGAAGUGGCCUGUUUCGGACCAAACAUCUACUCAGCUUUCCUGAAGGCCAUGCUCUCCACGGGCUUCAAGCUGCCACGCAAGGGUAUCCUGAUUGGGAUUCAGCAUUCGUUCCGGCCCAACUUCCUGGCUACAGCCCACCAGCUGAAGGAGGAGGGCUUCAAGCUCUACGCCACCGAGGCCACCUCAGCCUGGCUGUGUGCCAACGACGUGCCCGCCACGCCGGUCGCCUGGCCCACCCAGGGAGAGGACGCCAGUUUGCACAGCAUCAACAGAUUGAUCAACGAAGGUCAUAUCGACCUGGUGGUCAACCUGCCCAACAACAACACGCGCCACCUCAAGGAUAACUUCCUCAUCCGCAGGAUGGCGGUGGACCACGGCGUUCCCCUCAUCACCAACUACCAGGUGGUGAAGCUGUUUGCCGAGGCCAUUCGCUACGCCGGGGAGCUCGACACCACCAGCCUCUUCCACUACCGCCAGAAAGAAAGCCAACACCGAGGGGCCGGCCAGCAAGGCUAGAGCCGCCACCGCCCCUCCUCCUCCUCCCACCACCACCACCACCACCACAACAACAACCUCCUCCUCCUCCUCCUCCUCGUCUUCCUCUCUCCAACCUCACAGUGCACACCAGGGGACCGCACAGCAUCCCAUCCGGCUGCAGUGACACUUGGUUCUCGGUAAAGAGCCGUGCUCCAGUUUUGCUCCAGCCCGACUCCGCGGUGCUCCUCCACGCUUCCCUGGAGGUCCUGGUGGAGAAGCUGUGCGGCACAAAGGAGCCUCCGACUGCUUUUCUUCCUUCAAGGCGGUUUCACCAGCAGCUGAAGCUGCAGCAUCAUGAAUGGUUCUUCAUUUUUGUGGCAGCCUGUCGGUUCUCUUGUUCCCGUGUCCAUGUUGAGCUGUUUUAGUUGCAGUUUGUCUUUAGUUGCCUGGACCAACACACUCUGAUUGAUGCAGGGCUUCAAGGGAUUACACAAGUUUUUUUCUUUUAAAACACAGGUUAAGGAGGCUUUGUGAUGCAUCUGUGCAAAUAACACUUCAUCAUAAAACCUAAAUCCCACAGGGCGGUGCUGCAUUGUUGUCUUGUUUGCACUGCACUGCACAGUGUUAGCACAGCUGUAUUUUCUCUUUUUAUUGAUGACUUUUUUCUUUUUUUUUAAGACAACUUUGAAAAAUUCUGCACCUCAGUUUUAUUGGUCUCUGUAGCAGUGAAAUCUUACAGCCUCCCAGCUCUCCCUCAGCCUGUUUUAACACUUGCGGUUUUGGUCAAAGGCCAAUCUUUCCCUCACUCUGCCUCAUCGAUGCGUUUUGGUUUUUGGACUAAAGAUGGUGUUGUGGACCCAGCUGAAAUCAUAUAUACAGUCUGUACUGUACGUUUGUCCUAGUAGAAACGGUCAGCUCUAAUGUAGCUAAUCCAUAGUGUGUUUUCCAUGAUACAAACAGAAAAAGUUUACCAGAGAACUCCGCCUUAAAACCGAACUUCUGUUGGAUGACAACUGACCUUGUCAUAUUUAGAGAUUUCCAUGUGUAUAUAUGUUAAAAACAAGUCUGCAUUUGAACCUGCUCUGCUUUUAAACAUUGUUCUCUUGCUACAAACAAACCAGAUAUAAAAGUGUUCAGAAUGAUCCUGCGUUUUGGUUCUUUUUUACGUCCCACAAUAAGUUUAUUAACUCUGAAUC